AUGGGCAUGCCGACGGCGACUCUAGCGGCUCUGGCGCUGCUGCUGCUGUGCGUCUCCAUGUCCUCCUUGUCCAAUUGCUUAGCAACGCAGUACAAGCUCGGCGAUGCCCUCUUCUUCCUCUACCCGCCCAGCCAGGACAGCGCCGUCCAGGUCACUGCCAAGGCCUUCGCCGCUUGCGACAUCUCUGGCCCGCUUCUCAAGCUAGAGGACGGCAACUCCGUCUUCAACCUCACCAAGCCCGGGCGGGCCUACUUCACCAGCGCUGCCCCAGGCCGCUGCCGCAAGGGCCAGAAACUGUCGCUCGACGUGCCCGGAGCCGACGAGAAGAUGCUCAAGCCCUCCACGGACGACUCUAGCGGCUCUGCCAAAUCCGCGAGGAUGACGAGCUGUGCCGGCUCGGCCUCCUCGCCUACUGGCUCGCCUUUCUUCGUCGCCCCGCGGAUGCAGUCCAAGGGCGGCGAGCUGCCUACUGCCGGAGCGCAUUUCUCUAGGAACGCAUUAAAAUUCAAGGAAACGGUAGCACGGGACAUUGAUCUACAACAUAGAUAUGCAAAAACUAUCAGGACUAAGUUCAUGAUAAAUUAA